AUUGGGCAACACAUAAACAAGAAAGUUGAGUUCUCAUUUGUCAGAGAAGGCUUCACUCUGACAGCAUGCACAUCAUUAAAUCACACACAGGAGAUGCAUGUUAUCUCAACUGAGAGCAGAAUUACCUCAACAAAUAUGCAAUAAUUCAGUGCACAAUAGGAAAUAAGGAGAAAAAUCAGUAUUGCAAGAAUUCCCAACUUGGUUGACUUUCAUCAGCGGAUACUGCAGAAAUGGAGAUUGAAUCAAUGGCUGCAAACUGUGCACUCAUAAAAGCACGAGAAGUAGGUAAUGGUAGCAAAGGAAGGAGUCGAAAAUGGAAGGAGUUUCUGCGUUUCCCGCACAUAAACGAGUGCACAGAGCUGGAGAGAAGCAUUGUGCGAGACUAUUACAAUCUGUGUGUGAAACAGCCCAUCGGAAAUCAACUGUUCCGCCUUUUCUGUGCAACUAGAUAUGAUCUGCAGCGUUGCAUUGACUUCUUGGAUGAAACGGUGGAAUAUGAGGUCACACCGGAUGACAAGAGAAAGAACUUUGGCAAGCAACUCGUCACAAAAUAUCUCACCUCACAGUCUUCUAGGAUGCGGGAGAUUUUACACCGUGAUCUUGAGGAGUGCAGAAGUCACCUGGAGCUCAAAGCUUCUGAAGAUGUCUUCAGCAAUUGCCAAAAGGCACUUCAUGAGUAUCUGAGCGGAGCUCCGUUUGAAGAGUAUCAGAAAAGCAUGUACUUUGACCGAUUCCUGCAGUGGAAGAUGGUUGAGAGACGUCCAAUCACCCGAAACACAUUUCGAGAAUACCGUAUUUUGGGAAAGGGUGGGUUUGGAGAGGUAUGUGCGUGUCAGGCCCGAGCAUCAGGGAAAAUGUAUGCAUGUAAGAAACUGGAGAAGAAACGUGUUAAGAAGCACAGGGGGGAAGCCAUGGCCCUCAACGAGAAAGAGAUUCUAGAACAGGUCAACAGCAGAUUUGUGGUGAGUUUAGCAUAUGCUUACGAGACAAAAGAGGCUCUUUGCCUGGUGCUGACGCUGUUGAACGGAGGAGACCUGAGGUUUCACAUCUAUAACAUGGGCACGGUGGGGCUCGACAAAGACAGAGUACAGUUUUAUGCUGCUGAGAUCCUGUGCGGCCUGGACCAUCUUCAUGAAAAAUCCAUUGUUUAUAGGGAUUUAAAGCCAGAAAACAUUCUAUUGGACGAUAAUGGUCACAUUCGGAUCUCUGAUUUGGGACUCGCCAUAAUCUUGCCAGAAGAAAGACUCGUAAAGGGCAGAGUGGGAACUGUGGGUUACAUGGCACCAGAAGUCAUCACAAACACAUACUACAGUUUUAGUGUAGACUGGUGGGGACUCGGGUGUCUAAUCUACGAGAUGACGGCCGGAAGCCCUCCGUUCCGCAAACACAAGGAACAGCUAACUAAACAGGAGGUAGACAGACGAGUUCUGGAGAUGAUCGAGCAAUACAACGAGAAGUUUGACGAGGAAACCUCGUCCAUCUGCAGAAGCCUCCUGGCUAAAAACCCAAAAGAGCGACUGGGCUGCAAGUUCAGGCAAGGAGUAGACGCCAUCAAAGGUCAUUUGUUCUUUAAGAACAUCAACUUUACAAGACUUGAGGCAGGAAGGAUGCAGCCAUCCUUUGUUCCCAACCCGAGAGCUGUUUACUGUGCAGACGUCCUGGACAUCGAUCAGUUCUCUACGGUUAAAGGAGUGAUCCUUGAUAAGGUCGAUGAUAAAUUCUACAUCAAGUUUAACACAGGUAGCGUGCCUGUGCCCUGGCAGAAUGAGAUGAUUGAGACCGAGUGUUUCAAGGACCUGAAUGUUUUUGGGCCACAUGGAACAAGGACACCCGAUCUCGACCGCACCGCGGUGAUCCCGCAGACCAACAUGGAGUCUCGGUUCAUCAAUCACAGUCCUCCAGAUUACAGUCGAUCCCGGCUGCUGAACAGAAUCUUCAGGAGACGUAACAGAGAUCCGUCAGCUGAACCAAUAUAUCGCUGCUUAUCUACAGAAGAGCUGUGAGGACUGAAAAAAACAAAUAUUGUACUUUUUAACCUCAUUUUUUUUAAAGACAUGAUGGCUUCUUCACUGGAGAGGUUAUUCAAAGAGUCUUUGUUUAAAUAAUAUUGAAAAGAUAUUGUGUAGAUACUGUAUCACAAACUUUUCAUACUUUCAUAUUACAAAAAAUGAAAGAUUUAAGAUGCUUUGUAUGUUAAAUUUGUAAAUAAAAGACCAAGUUGGUGUGAAAA